GUAAAUCCCAUCUCAACUUCAAUGGAGCAGCAACAGCCGGGGCCGUCCGCCGUGCUGGACCCAGAUCACGUGACUACUCCAAUGAGUCACGUGACAAACGAGAAACAGCUAGCUGCCCACGUGACUGCACAGAUUGUGGGGGUGGAUUGCCACCCCCACUGCAAGACUGUUUUGGAUCUGUACCGGUGUUUGGUUAGUGGGUGUCUGGAACUGCAUUUUAGUGUGGUGUAUCUCCGUACUGCAGGUUACAGCGACACUGGUGAGAAUGUGGUAUGUCUAGAAGUUCAAGACAGGCUCACAGCCACCUCCCUCGCAUCCCUCAAACUGUUCAUCAUCGGAGCUAGAAUAGUAGGACAUCUCAGGAUGGAUGACGGACUACUGAUAACCUGGACACGUGACUUAGCUCAGUCUAUUCGGUUUGAUGUUCCUAUUGGUCCCCGGUCCUUCAGAGAUCUGCUAUCUGAGAUACGUCAUGUUCAGGAGGAGUUGGUAUCAAAGACAGUUCUCCACAUAAAGUCGCAGGGUGGUAUUAUAAACCUGCCUAUGCUUAGUCGCAUGCCGGACAACGUCAUCGAUAAAAUCUUCAGUUUCCUGUCUGGUUCAGAUCUCCGAGAGAUGAGUUUUGUUUGUCGGAGGUUUAAGAAUAUAGCUUACUCAGAUGACUUGUGGAGAAGUGUGUGCAAGAAACACUCCUGGUUCUCUAGACUACAACAGAAAGACCGGUUAAAAGGUGCUUGGCGAGCCUACUAUCGACAAUACAGAAAGUUCCGGAACAGAAGACACCGGUUGAGAAGGGAGCUGCUUGAAGCUGGAGCCAGAGCACCCACCCAACCUAUCAUCAUGAUUAACAGACGGAGAGGGAGGCGGCGAGGUGAGGACCCUCAGCAACCCAUCAUGGUUAUAGAUAGGAGGAGACACCGCAGACACGGUGCAGUGGGAGUGGCCCCGAAUAUUCGUCUAAAUAGAGGGCUGAGGAGGGGUGCAGCUAUCCCCCCUCCACCUCCUCCUCCUCCUCCUCCUGGUCCUGGUGCUGUAGCUGGUGCUGUAGCUGGUGCUGGAGCUGGAGCUGGAGCUGGAGCUGGAGCUGGAGCUGUAGCUGGAGCUGGAGCUGGAGCUGGAGCUGGAGCUGGAGCUGGAGCUGGAGCUGGUGCUGUAGCUGGAGCUGGAGCUGGAGCUGGAGCUGGAGCUGUAGCUGGAGCUGGAGCUGGAGCUGGAGCUGGAGCUGGAGCUGGAGCUGGAGCUGGUGCUGGAGCUGGAGCUGGAGCUGUAGCUGUAGCUGGAGCUGUAGCUGGAGCUGGAGCUGAUCAAGACGGGCAACAGCGUGUUGGCCCUGUUAGGAGGGUAUUCGCGAGAAUAAAUCCCAAUCGUCGUCUGCAGAUCGCUGUUCGUCGCAGAGCACAACAGCUUGUUCCAAAUCCUCAACAACCGGUUCCAAAUCCUGAGCAACCUGUUCCAAAUCCUCAACAACCGGUUCCAAAUCCUGAGCAACCUGUUCCAAAUCCUCAACUACCUGCUCUUAACCCAGAACAACCGGCUGUGAACCCUAGAACAGUAGGAACGCCUGCCACUGCUCAAAGACCUGCUGUGGCAAUGAACAAUAUUGGGGCUCCUUCAGCACAGGGUGAUGCAGCACCGAGACCUGGCGGAAGAACUGGUCAGCGAAGUUUAGGAGAAGCAAUAGGUAGAGGUAGAGCGCUGCUGGAGCAGCAGAGACGUAUGAUAGCGGAGGACAUGGUGAGAAGGCGAGGAACUGGUCGGCAGCAAAACCUUCUUUCUGUGUCCAGGAGAUUCGAGCAAACCUUGCAAUCGGCUUCAAAUCUUUUUGAUCUUAUCGAAUCUGCUCCUGUUGCUGAACCAAAUCAGAUAGCCAGUGAUGAAGGACUAGUUGAACAAAGACUGGUCGAACUGCAGAGACUUUCUCAACAAUUUCAUCAGCAAGCUCAGAGGCCCCCGGAACCAGCUCUGCCCCAAGUCCCAGCUCCAGUUAUCACUCCCCCCGUUCCAUUUAUCACUCCCCCCGUUCCAGUUACCACUCCCCCCGUUCCAGUUACCACUCCCCCCGCUGAUAUUCCUGAGCCUGGUCCUGCAGUAAAACCUGUUACUGCACACAACCCGCAACCUCAGAAUACGUUACCAGCAGUUGGAUACAAUCAAGCUGAUCCAGUAGUACAACCCAACCCCAUGAGAGAGGCUGAUUCCCAACCACCAGCUGCUGCACUCCCAGACCAACCCGCCCCUCAAAAUAAUGCGCCAGCUGAAGAUUUACCAGAAGUAGGACCUGGACAGCCCAUACCAGUUCUCGCUCCCUUCCCCGACCCACCCAACGAGGAAGAUGUUGCUGAUGUCGACGAUCAGAUACAGUUCCAAGUUGAUGGACAAAACGUUGUCCCGGGUCAGGAUGAGCAACAUUUCAGGAUCAACCUUAACGCGGAACAAGGGCACCAUCUAUUUGCGGCCGUUGCUGCAAACCGGGCGGACCCAGCAAACGAGGUGAUCCCCGCAAUGAGAAUGGAAGACGGUAACCUUCACAUCAAUGCGGGAGGUGUGAACAUCGCUAUAGAGUUACCGUUCAGGGGGGAUAGAGCUGAACCCCCGCCAAGAGUUGGGGCUCAACCCCAACGGGAACGAGUCAGGCUCAGAGGUAGGCUAAGCCACAGAAACGAACAAAGUCCCUUUUUUCAACUCGACCCACGUAAUAUCCAGAUUAUGCGCGCUAGGAUUGCCAUCAUAGGCAGCGAAUUCGUUAAAAGAAUCAAGUGUAAUCUUUCCGGGGAGUUCCCCCCGAACCACAACUUCCUGACCCUUGAGUUGGUCUACAUCUCGAACAUGAUCGCUAAGAACAUCAGAGAGUCACUGGACAUGAGCACUGACGACCCUGUCCCUCCCCCAGCUCCUCCACCCCUCCCUGAGUUUUACCCUUACUUCGACCCGGAGAUGCCUGGACAGGAGGUCCUGGAGGGGCGUGUCAACGCAAUCGCGGAGAUCUUCAACGAAACCCUCCGGAACUCUCUUCGCUCAGAUAAAAUAUUCGUCAACAGGAAAGUGAGAAACUUCCAGCACAACACUCGAGACAACAACGUUCACCCACCCUCUGAUAACCUGUCCCUAGCUUCACAAUAUUUCCACCAGAAAGUUCGAGAACUGGUAUCCGGUUCGGCGUUACAACUGGAGAACGUAGUGGUGAGUGGAGGGGAGCAGACUUCAGAGCACCGGUUAACACACCGUGUGCUGUCUGUGGCCCUGGGGAGACCGUAUGAGGAAAUUAAUCGGCGAGUGGUAGGAAACGUUAACACAGAACAGGAACCGAGGAGGACUGCAAGUGUUAAUGUUACUUUAAACUCUGCUGAAAAUAGUUCAAAUAUCGACCCCGCUGAAAAUAGUUCAAAUAUUGACCCCGCUGUAAACACCUCAGAUAUCAACCCGACUGAAAAUAUAUCAGAUAUGAACCCGACUGAAAAUGGAUCAGAUAUGAACCCGACUGAAAACGGAUCAGAUAUUAACCCGACUGAAUACAUAUUAGAUGUCGAUUGUGUUAAAAACGGAUCAGAUGUAAAAGUAACCUCUGUUGAAAAGGGGUCAAAUACGUUGCCCCACGAUGAUGGAGAACGGCCUGGGCCUUCACGAGAGUACACAGAGGAGCAUGUUACUCCCGGUAUCGAUGAUAAUCAUGUGAUACCAGUUUCAUCAGAUUCAAAACGGUACCUUUCGUCAGAAACUGACAGCAGAGAAUCCAAAGCCGCUAAAUUGAGCUAAUUUUUUAUUUGUUUACAAAUUCGUUUCUCAAGACCAUUUUAUCCAAACGCCACGGAUUUUUGCAGUAAGUUUAUCCGAACCACUAAAUAUAGACAUUAGGGUAUACAACUUCCAAGGGUUAGGGGUAGAGAAUUUCUUAAGGGAUCCUAACCCUAACCACAAACUAACUAGCCCUAACUUAUACUAACCCUAACCCGAACUGAAGCCCUAACCCAAAAUUUGUCUACCCUAAUGUCUACCAUUAAUGGUCUAGCUUCUCGGAAACUGCCUAAAUAUUGUUAAUAUGCGCCAUAUUGCAUAUGCACCAGCGAUUUAGUUACAUUCAUUUAUUUACUGAUCACUGAUAGUGAUAUAAUUUUGUUCAGAUCCUUAUGACUUACUGUAUACUAAUAAACACGAUGAGAUUAUCUUAACCACGAAUGUACCAACUCUGUCAAAUUCUUUUAUCUUUAUUUAAAUUUUUAAUCAUACAAAC